UCUACAAUCGACGCUCGGUCCGACCACGCGCGUGUUCGACACAAGUAGUAUCGCCGCGAGUGACUCGAUACCGGUGUUUCUGUGCCAAAGUGCAGUGAUCUGUGGAACGACCAGGAUACCAGGACAAACUGGAGCCAAAUAAAACCCCAAGAAGUUUCGUGUGUAAUGCAGCAAUGUCGGCGGCGGUGAGGGCGGCGCUACUCUGCGCGUGCGCGAUGCUGCUGCACCACGCUCGCGCGGAGCUGAUCGGGCGAUGUCCCGCCAACGCAACCUGUCCAGCUCGGGCUUCGCCUUGCGCGGACGACAAUGAAUGCGGCGAGCAAGUCUGUUGCGACACCAGCUGUGGCAAGGCUUGCGUGGACCCGCUGUAUACAGGCUGUGAAAACAUCAAACUGUCUUCCGAGAGGAUAUCCCGAGCCCUUGCAGCUGAGAAUAGUCGAGGAGGACGCGGACUCAUCAAGUCAGUCCGGGCUCCUCGGUGCAGGACCAGCGAUGGAGAGUUCGAAGAGAUCCAGUGCGAUAAUGAGAUCGUCAGCUCUUGCUGGUGCGUCGACCAGACUGGAUUUGAGGUUCCCGGCACCCGCGCUCCCGCGGCCGCCCUAGUAAACUGCACUCGCAAAGCUCCCUGCGCAGCGCACACCUGCCGCAUGCUGUGUCCACUCGGCUUCGAGCUGGAUCCCAACGGCUGUCCUCUCUGCAAGUGCAGGGACCCUUGCAACGGCAUCACUUGUCCAGGACAACUGUCAUGUCAACUGGAUGAGACUCCGUGUCUUCGACCGCCAUGCCCGCCUGUUCCUAACUGCAAGAGAGCAAGAAGCCUCCAGAACAUCUGUCCAACCGGUGAACCUCUGCUCAUAUCAGAAACCAGCCGCCCGUUCUUGUGCGGUACUGAUCCUGGCAAACCGAACUGCCCGCCUCUCUACAAAUGUCUGGUUGAAGCAGGAAACGACUACGGCGUCUGCUGUCCAGCAUCCCUAGCGCUACGCAAAGCCGGCACCUGCCCCGCUCCAACCACAUCCAAAGACGACGAAUGUGGCACCCCCUGUGCCCACGACCUAGAAUGUCCUUCCAUGGAGAAGUGCUGCGACUCCGGAGAAUGUGGGAAACAUUGCGUGCUACCCCAGAAUGUCACCAUGUGUCACCAGCAGAAAAUGCUGGCUGAACUCCUGGUUGUCAGCGAGAAGGAGGGGAGAGGAUAUGUGCCGCAGUGCGCGGCUGAUGGGUCUUUCGAGUCCAGACAGUGCUCGAGGAAUGGAUUGGUUUGCUGGUGCGUAGACACCGAAGGCAACAAGCUCCGCGGCUCCAUGGGUCCAGCUCCCUCCGUCAAAUGCUCUGACAAACCCGGUCCAGUCCGUGAAGGUGGCCGUAGCCUUAACUCCUGCCCUCGGGCCCUAUGUGCUGGAGUCUGCGAGUAUGGAUACAAGAGCGCCAAUGGAUGUCCUACUUGUGAAUGUGACGAUCCUUGCGAAGGAUACCCUUGUGGGGAAGGCGAGGAGUGCAUAAGAGUCCGGGAUGCAGAUUGUACUGGCGAGCUGUGUACUGGAUACCCUGUGUGUCGCCCUCGCGUAACGUACGAAAACCCCUGCGAAUCCGGAACACCAUUUACCGACGCCAACGACGGCACCGUGGUCGGCUGCGGUAGUGACCAAGACUGCCCGUACGCUCACGUGUGUACUAGAAGCCGAAGAAGUGGGGCUGCUUUGUGCUGUUUGGAUCCUAAAUACGAAUCUAACUCGACUGACACGGAUCUUACUGAGAUAAACUACGAAUCCUGCGGCGCCGAAGCUGAAGCCGUGUGCGACCACAACACUACCAUCAGCUGUGGAGACGGGGAUUGCCAGGACGGUCUGGUGUGCUGUUCCACCGUCAACUGCGGGCCGGUGUGCGUGGACCCGGCCAAGAUGAGACUACAGACUGAUAGGGUCGACGAUACUCCUACCAUGUGCGAAUAUCUCCGCGACUUCGACGAGAAAAUGGAAGGCACAGUCGACGGCAUGAAGCUAGCCCUUCCCGCACCAACUUGUACUUCUGACGGCUCAUUCUCGCCGCAACAGUGCGCGCAGGGCCGGUGCUGGUGCGUCGACUCGUUUGGCACGGAGAUACCGGAAACCAGCACCAAUAACGCUUCCGCUGUGGACUGUGUGAAGGUUCGCGAGAGCCUAGCCUGUCUGGACCUCACCUGCCGCAUGGGCUGCGACUACGGUUUCGAGCUCGGCAGUAACCACUGCCCGACCUGCCGCUGCCGCGAUCCGUGCGCGGGAGUCACUUGUGCUGAGGGCCGCGCUUGCGCUGUGGUCGAUGUGGCGUGCGAUGCGGAGUACUGCCCUCCGGUGCCUGCUUGUUUACCCCGAAAACCCGGGCAAUGUCCAUUCCUGGUGCCGCACACCGGGGCUUGCGAGUGGGCAUGCCGCGGCGACGCAGAAUGCGGCGCGGGCGAGCGUUGUUGUGCUACUGGCUGCGGCACCGCCUGCGCUGCAGCCACACACCACACACCCUGCCAGCAGAGAAGGGCCCUCGCGCUUCACACGGCCGCGGAGAGUGGCAAGCCACCAUCAUCCCAAGACGUGCCAGACUGCAAGUUGGACGGCUCCUACGAGCCUGUGCAAUGCCGCAAGGCUGAGAACUUGUGCUGGUGUGUCGACAGCGGUGGCAAUGAGAUCCCCGGCACACGAGCUUUCAACUCCACGCCCUCUUGCGAAGCGCCAGCCCCCUGCCCCGAAGUCCACUGCAGUGACGAGGAGAUCUGCGCUCAUGGACGCCAGCUGGACAUCAAGGGAUGCCCGACCUGUGACUGUAGGGACCUCUGUGCUGAGGCGAAAUGCAGGCCUGAUGAGACUUGCGAGAUUGUGCCCUUGGAAUGCGAGGCGGAUUCUUGUCCCCCGAUCGUCCGCUGCACCCCGACCCCGCGCUGUCCCGAGGGCGAGCCGCUGCUAGUUCCCGGAGGCACGGAUGUCCUCGUGUGCGGACCUAACGCUGCCGCCUGCCCGUCAACACACGCGUGCCGGUUCGCACCGCACGACACUGGGGCGCCAGUGUGUUGUCCUAAGCCACGAACAGUAUGCUUCGACACGAAAGACGAAGGCAACUGCACGGAAACAGCCGGGCUGAACGCGACGCGCUGGCACUUCAACCACGAGCGCAACCGGUGCGAGCGGUUCAAGUACAACGGUUGCUCGGGCAACCACAACAACUUUAGGAGCAAGGAGGAGUGCAACAUUGUGUGCCCUGCUGAAGGAGAAACACCCAAAGUGGCUACGGCGAAGAAAGCGCGUGUCCAAAUUGACACAGGAGUAUUGAGCCCUUGCGAGCGGCUCCGUGAGAAGAACGAGGCAGCCGAGAAGAAAUACGGCAAAGGCACUUUCAUCCCCAAGUGUGACGUCACUGGAGCCUGGGAGUCUGUGCAGUGCAUGUCGCAUAUCGAUGUCUGCUGGUGCGUCAGUGCCCGCGGCGAACCGCUAAAGGGCUCCCUGGUGCGCGGAGCCAAGCCCUCUUGCAACUUCAGGCAGGCACGCAAAUGGGCCAAGCGGACUGGAGACGAGGAGAGAGAGCGUGCCGACGAAGAUUUUACAGUUCUAGAAGAGCUCAUCAGACAAAUGACUGCGUUCCGCAUCGAAGAGAUGGAGGAAUACGACGAAGAAGACUUGUUCCGUGACGAGCCAGUGGAGCCCAGGACCGUGGAGACCUUGAAGCCGAUGGAGAAGUUGGAGGUUCAGGAGACUGAGCCGAGGAGCAAGAGCAUUUUCAAGACCAAGUGCCAGAUGAUGCAGGAUGAGGCUGAGAAUGGAGACGGUCCCAUGGUUCGAUGUUUGCCUGAUGGGGCUUUCGCGGCGCGACAGUGCGCUCGCGGACGCUGCUGGUGUGUGGACGCGGCUGGGCAGCGCCGCGGAGCACCCGUGCCUGACUCACCCGCUGCCGAUCCAUGCUUACCAACUCAAAUUGAAUCAGCGUCCCUAGAGCUGGAAAUCAUCGGCACAGACACCGCAGCAGCAGAGCGGGCGCGGGCAGCCUUACAAUCGCAGCUGGCUUCCCUCGGUGCUCGAGUACCGGUCACAGUGUCUAAGGACCGAUCAGCUAUGAAACUGAGGGCUGUGCUCUCUGGACCUAGAGCUGUGGAUGUGGUCUAUCAUGUGGAGAAUCUGGUGAAACAAGAGAAGCUGUCAGGCGUGAACAAGACAUCGCCUGGCGUGCUGGGCGCUGACGUCAUCCGCAGCGAGUACCGCCUCGCCGCGCAGGCGCCGCUCAUGCAGCAGCGGGAGAUCCUCAGCGAAUCCACGGUGUCAGCAACGACAUCGUACCACACCGCGCUGAUUGUCCUUGCAGCGUCUUCCGCCUUCAUCAUCAGUGUCCUCUGCGUCCUCGUGAUGCUGUACAGAGGCCGGCUACAACGGGAGCCUCAGAAAGCUGAACGCUUCCUACCCCCCGCGCCCCCCGUCUACGUCUUAUCAGCGGACGAAAAAGCCGAACUGGCCAAGGCAUUACACGCCCCCCAACCCCCCAUACCCCCUCAAAAUGAUCAUACCAGAAUUUAGUUGCUGUCUAACUUGUUUUUGUUUUUGUGUUGGUACGGUUGUAUCGUACAGUACUGAAUAUUAAGUAGUACUUAGGUAACGUUAACAUUAUGUAAUAAUGGUGAAUGAUACACGAGCGUACAGAAUAAAUAAACGUGUGUGAUGCAAAGCGGAUAGUCCGUCUAACAUUUCUGCCCUAAUAGUACUAACACACUACCGCACCGCGCCAAGGUCAUCCGCAUACUAUUCUGAACAUGAAACGUUUCAUAGUCGUGUUGCAGUGCGGCCGUGUGUUAGCUACUUAACGCAAUGCGACGUGUGAUUUGCUAUUUACUCAUGCCUAAAAUACGCACGUGUGUCGUACCUGAUAUUAAGGAAUCAAUGGUGUAACGUUACUAAAUAAAAGACAAACUCCCAGACGUUAUUUAACGUUUGAAAUCCAGCUGGACCAUUAGUAACUUGUAGAUUUUUUCUUGCUCGCUAGAAUUGAAUAAUCUGUAUUUUGUAAUCUGUGGUGAAACAUUGACGUUUGUCAUUUCGCGCUCUUUUAUUUCUAGUGCAGAUAAAUGAGUAAUAAAAUGGGGUCCAAAAACAUGUCUAGAGCGACAGUAUCGUUUUCUCCGAUGCCAAGUCGAUAGAAUCGAGAUUCGGCCUUGCAUUGAUAGUAUUGUAGUUAUGUAAGUUUAUUUUAAGGUAAUUACUUUAAGGCGCAUAGCGCAUGGGCGUUCGUCGGAUGUUCGACGCACGCCUGUGCGCACCUUAGUUCCGCUAGUUGAGUCUCGCUCUUUCUAAUAGUGCUAACACACGACCGCACCGGACCAAGGUCAUCCACAUAUAUCACAUCUACCACAUAAUUAUCCUGUAAGUGGGAGCGAUAAAGAGAUUUUUUUUCUCGUUCUCACUUACGUGAGCAAAUUCCAAGGUGCGGUGCGGUCGUUUGUUAGCUACUUAAGGCACAACUUAAUAUCUAUAGGGUCUACAGCACUAGUUUAAUAAAGCACUUGCUGAAUUAAACCCCACAAAAAAUGUAUCAUUUACCCAACUCAUCAAAAGCAGUUCUGAAUGUAAAAGUGAGAUGGGUAGGUGUUAUUUCAUAAUAAACGAAUUCUUCCAUCUCUUUGAUUCAUUAGCUGUAAAUUCAUCGACUGAAAUAGGUGAUUGAAUUCGUUUAGAGAGCGCGCACGCGGGCAACUUGGUUUGGUUCCCCGCGAUACAGGUGUAACCUAGUGCGGGGGCCUCUGGUAACUAUAGAUUGUAAAACCUUUAGAAAAUAAACUAUUCUAUUCUAUUCUAACUUUUGGCAGCGACUUUUUUGUCGCGACCAUAGCCUAGUAUGAAAGUGCGCACACGAAGCGACGCAACUUUUCAUACAAAUACGAAAGUCGUCGAGCAACUUUGUCGCCCGUGGGCGCGCACCCUUAUAGCCGACAAAAAAGAUCGUGGCUCGACGUAGAACUAAUCUAGUCUUUUUCUUUCUUCAUCACCUUUAUCACGGUAAUGAUCAUCGUCUGCACCAAUUUUGUAAAUACCUAUAGUUUAAUCAGAAUUGACAUGUCUGUAAAUUGGUUGUAGGAUAGAGUGAAUUCCCAGUUGUACUUACUGUUUUUUUAUUGAGAGCAAUUUAAGAGAUUAAUAAAUCAUGAAUUUAUUUGAAUGUAUAAGUACUUAAUAAAGAAAUAAUUUUGUAA